AUGUCAACCCUUUUGAUUCCACUUGUCUCCACGGGUAAUGUUUCGCAGCUAUGUGUUGAUUUAGUUUUGCAUUCGAAUAGUGAAGAGUUCCACUUUGUUAAAGAGCUGGACUCUAUCUGGUUACACUCGUUCUUGGGACCAUUAGAUUUCGUUGAUGGUAGCUCAAAGCCACUGUAUCAUGAGUGCAAAAAUUCUGGGAAGCAAUUUACAACGCCUAUAGAGCUAUUCUAUAAUAAAAGGCUGGAUCUAUACGUGCUUCAGCAGAGAUCGCCAAUCAUUUCUGGAUACGAGAAUCAGUUCUUUAAGGAGGUGAUUAUACCGCUAGUUGAUGAGCUUAAUAUUGCAUCCAUUGUCGUUUUGGAUUCUGCAGGAGCAUUAGACCCAAGUGUGCCCUUUUCCGGUAUCAAUUACCAGAACCUUUUUGCCACAGCGCGCUGCCAAUUAGAGUCACUAGAUAGCAUUGCUUUACAGUUACAGACCAGGUUGUCUAUACAAGAUGAUGAGCAAUCUCUGGUUAACAAGAUAUUCCAUUUCGAUGCUGCUAGCUUCCAACACUCAUUUUCGGUGGAUCAGCCGGUAUUCAAGUUGUUCCACCAUCUGUUGCAUAAUCAGUCUGGCUCUAGCCGUUCUCUAAAGAACGUUACGUAUCUCAGCAAGAUCGUGCAUGAGGGUGAUAACUCUUGGGACGCAUUCCAGACGUGCGAGAAGCUAGCAGAGCUCAUUCCAAAUUUGGUUAAUGGGCAGCUAACGACUCCUGUGUCGUGGAAAGGAGUGUAUGGGGCACGUCCCAUCGCCCUGGGGUUCGAAAAGGGUCUCUAUAGUUGA